AGCAAGGAAAAUGUUAUCAUCCAAAUUGUUCGUGUUGAUGAUGAUCGUGGUCUCCAUGAUCCUGUUCAGUGCACCAGCUGCUGAAGGUACCUUCCUGGUGUUGGCCUGUUUGCUAAGAUCACCAUUGUGUCCAUUCCGCACAACAACAACAACAACCUCAACAACAACUGCUGCUACUACUUAA